UUGACCAACCUUAACAACUCCUAUUCUUAGCAACUUUUAAUUUGUGUCUUCCCGACCAUCCAAAUUCCACCAACAUCUCGUCUUUUCUCUCUAUCCCCAACUCCAACACCAAUAUUCAGCAUUGCGGCUCCCUUGGUGAAGGGCGCGGCGCGCACGCCCCCCCACCCCAUCAGUGCGCGUUACCUCCCGACAAACUCCGCCAUGGCCUUUCAUCUUCAUCUGAUCAAGCCGCUUUUGCUUUUAUACAUGCUUUUUGUUUCUUCUUAUGCAUUGUCUGACCCCGAAAUCCUUCUCAAGUUCAAAUCUUCCUUGACCAAUGUCUCCUCAUUGGAAAAUUGGGAAAACAAUUCCAUGCCCCCAUGCAAUGGACACCGUGCCAAUUGGGCUGGCGUUCUUUGCUACAAUGGCAACAUUUGGGGUCUACAACUUGAGAGUAUGGGACUGUCGGGCACCAUCGAUGUGAAUACCUUAACCGGGUUGUCCAACUUGAGAACCUUAAGCUUUAUGAAUAAUAGUUUUAAUGGUCCCAUUCCGGAGUUGAACAAACUUAAUGCGUUAAAAUCAAUUUAUUUAUCAAAGAAUAAUUUUUCUGGAGACAUUCCUGGAAAUGCAUUUGCAGGUAUGAUUUGGCUCAAGAAGUUGCAUCUAUCACAAAAUCUGUUUACAGGUGCAAUUCCUGCAUCAUUGGCUACCCUCCCCAAGCUUUUGGUGCUUAAACUUGAUGGCAACCGGUUUUCGGGUCAAAUACCUGAUUUUAAACAGAAUGGCUUACAAAAAGUAGAUCUCUCGAAUAAUGAAUUGGAGGGUUCUAUACCAGCAAGCCUUAACAGGAUGAAUGCCAGCAUGUUUUCAGGCAAUAAAGGUCUUUGUGGAGUACCAUUGAAGACAUGUGACUCCAGUGCUGCUCCAAACUCUAACUCCAAGGAGCCCUCAAUAUGGAUUAUUGUGGUCCUUUUCAUAUUUGGGGUGUUCAUACUACUUGCCAUACUUGCCGUCAUCUUAAUCAAUCAUCGACGCGGAAGGCAACCAACGCUAUCAGUAGAAGCUCCAGCGUCAAACCUCGGAACAAAAGCAGGUUUCAAGGAAGAAGAACAUGCUUCCCCAGGGUUUUCACAGCAAUUAGGGAAUGGAAAGAAGGCAGAGACUGUAAAACUUUCUUUCGUGAGGGAUGAUAGAGAGAGGUUUGAUUUGCCAGACUUGCUAAAAGCCUCUGCUGAGAUAUUGGGAAGUGGAAGCUUUGGCUCUUCUUACAAGGCUGCUCUAUCAGGUGGGCCUGUGAUGGUGGUGAAGAGGUAUAAAGAGAUGAAUAACUUUGGGAAAGAAGAAUUCCAAGAGCAUAUGAAGAGAAUAGGGAGACUGAGACAUAAUAACUUGCUUCCACUCGUCGCCUACUAUUAUAGGAAGGAAGAGAAGCUCCUUGUCACCGAUUUUGUUAAAAAAGGAAGCUUGGCUGUUCAUCUUCAUGGUCACCAAUCUCUGGGGCAACCGGUCCUUGAUUGGCCAACUCGAUUGAAGAUUGUGAAAGGAGUAGCCAAGGGCCUUGCAUACCUCUACAAGGAGUUACCUAGUUUGAUUGCACCACAUGGUCACCUCAAAUCCUCAAAUGUUCUCCUUAAUGAAUCCUUUGAACCACUCCUCACCGACUACGGUCUGAUCCCUGUAAUCAACCAAGAGAGUGCUCAAGAGCUCAUGGUGGCUUACAAAUCACCUGAAUAUGUGCAGCAUGGAAGAAUUACAAAGAAGACCGACGUAUGGGGUCUUGGGGUAUUGAUUUUAGAGAUUUUAACCGGAAAAUUCCCUGCAAACUUCUUGCAAAAGGGCAAAGGAAGUGACCAAGAUGAUUUGGCAAUUUGGGUGAAGUCGGUAGUUGGUGAUCAAGAAAUGAUGUCGACGGAUGUGGAGGUGUUCGACAAAGAUAUGGGAGCAACAAGGAACAGUACUGAUGGAGAGUCAAUGCUCCAGCUAUUGAAGAUUGGAUUGAGUUGCUGUGAAGUGGAUGUGGAGAAGAGAUUAGAUUUGAAAGAUGCUGUUGAGAGAAUUGAAGAAUUAAAGCUCAAGGGUGGUAUUGAUGACGAUUUCUACUCUUUAGUGGCCAUUGAGGAGGACAAGAAGUGAUG